AUGGCCUUAAAUGCGACCCAGCCUGCAUUACAUUGUAUUUCAGUCAUUGAACUUCCUGCCCUUCUUUCAGAGGAAAAGGCAGUGCUACUUGAAAAUCAACAUCUCAGCCAUGUCAUACAAGCUAGGAAGGAAAGCAAACUCAAGGUUGAGAAGAAAGAUUACAACGAGGUUGAUAUGGCCAAAAUUCAAAAGAUGAAGGAAGAGGAAAAGACGCUCAGGGAGUUUAGAGCAAAGGCCCAACAGAAGGGGACCCUUGGAGAUGCUAGGCUUAAGAAGCGUGGGAAGAAAUGA